AUAAGAUUUCAAGCAGAGAAUCUCUUCAAGAAAUGAGGGCAGUUUGGUAAGCAAACCCUCUCAGGGCAAAGCUAGAUUUGCAGCUUCCCUCCUGUGUCCCUGUGAUAGUGUGUUGAGUUGACUCUCUCUCUCUCUCAUCACUCUUUUCUUUUUUCAUGUUUCCCACUUUGCUUUUGUAGCUUAAUCAAUAUUUUUUGUUAACCAGCUAUAAAUGCCCCCAUCUCUGUUCACCUUAUUUUUGCUUUUCCUUUACUGUUUCUCUCUCUCUCUCUCUCUCUGGUUUCCUCCAUUGCAAACCAAGCUUCUUCCUUUCCAGCUUGCUAAGGCCCCUCAAGGAUUCACAGAGAGAAAACACCCACCAACCAUUUAACCCACCUUUUCUUUUGAGCCCCUCUCUUAAAAUCCACCCAACAUUUUACAUAUAUAAAUUCUCUCUCACUCUCUCUCUAUCAACUUCUUCCCCCCUACAUUUCCCCUUGAAAGAUUAGAUUUUUGUCUGGCCUCACCUUCCCCCUUUUUCAUUUUUUUUUCUUCUUCUUAUGAUUGUCUGAAUUCCCUUUGGCCCACUUGAGGCCACAACCCUGCUCUACUUGCAAACUACUCCUCUGCAACCUUCCUUGGCUUUUUGGACAUCUGGGUUUUGGUGGGUUUGUGUUAUUUCAGGUCUACAUUGGCCUAUCUAUGCUUGUUGAGUCUCUCUUGGCUAAAAAGGAAGCCCCUUUUUCGCUUCUCUGGGUGCUCAAGGAAGAAGAUCAAGGGGGUUAGCAUAGAUCGCUGCAAAGGUUGGAAUGUCUUAAGUUUUUUCUGGCACUGAAAGUUAGAGCACCCAAGCCGAGUUUGAGAUUUAGUAUCAGCAAUGUCGUCUGAGAGUUCUUUGAAUGUGCAAUUAUCAAAGAAGAUAUUGGGUAUAAAACUAUGGGUUUUGAUCUGUAUAAGUGUUGGUGCAUUUAUUAUUCUGAUCCUAUGUUUCUUAUCUAUCUGGGUGACAUUUCGGAGGAAAUCUAGAAAAUCUGUAGACAAGUUUUCAGUCAACCAAAUACCAAAUGUCUCUAAAGAUAUUAGGAUUGAUAGGGUGGGGGCUCAGAGUACACAUGAUCACCCUGAUAAUUUAUUUCUUACAGUACAUGAUAAAGCAACUGAUAAGAAUUCAGAGAACAUGUUAGCUCAUUUGGGAAUGAGCAAAUCAAGUGACCCUGAUAACAUGAGUCAGUGCAGUUCAGUUUAUCACCAUGAGAGGGCAUUUAGUUCACAGUCAGGGGACGAAGGAAGCUCCGGGACUGUGCGAAAGCAGUCGUCAUUGUCACAUGGAGGAGUUGUAACGGCCUCUCCUUUAAUUGGUUUGCCAGAAGUUUCUCAUCUUGGUUGGGGCCACUGGUUUACUCUUAGGGAUCUGCAAUUUGCUACGAAUCGAUUUUCUGCUGAAAAUGUACUUGGUGAGGGUGGAUAUGGGGUUGUUUACAGGGGCAGACUGAUAAAUGGAACUGAGGUGGCAGUGAAAAAGCUUCUAAAUAAUAUGGGGCAGGCGGAGAAAGAAUUUAGGGUUGAAGUGGAGGCCAUAGGCCACGUUCGGCAUAAGAAUCUUGUGCGGCUGCUUGGUUAUUGCAUUGAAGGGGUUCACAGGAUGCUGGUGUAUGAAUAUGUGAAUAAUGGAAACCUAGAACAAUGGCUGCAUGGGGCCAUGCGCCAACAGCAGGGCACCCUUACUUGGGAGGCCCGCAUGAAGGUGAUUCUUGGUACUGCCAGAGCGCUUUCUUAUCUACACGAAGCUAUAGAACCAAAAGUUAUUCACAGAGAUAUAAAAUCAAGCAACAUUCUGAUUGAUGAUGAGUUCAAUUCCAAGGUUUCUGAUUUUGGAUUGGCCAAACUCUUGGAUUCAGGAGAAAGUCACAUCACCACUAGAGUAAUGGGAACAUUUGGUUAUGUGGCACCAGAAUAUGCUAAUACUGGCUUGUUAAAUGAGAAGAGCGACAUUUACAGCUUUGGUGUCCUCCUGCUUGAAGCAGUUACUGGCAGGGACCCUGUGGACUAUGGUCGGCCUGCUAAUGAGGUGAAUCUUGUUGAGUGGCUAAAAAUGAUGGUAGGUGCAAGAAGAGCAGAGGAGGUUGUGGAUCCAAACCUUGAAGUAAAACCCAGUACACGUUCUUUAAAACGUGCCCUGUUGGUUGCACUUAGGUGUGUUGAUCAUGAUGCAGAGAACAGACCUAAAAUGAGCCAGGUUGUACGUAUGCUUGAAGCUGAUGAAUACCCAUCUCGUGAGGAUCGAAGGAACAGAAAGACUCGGACAACCAGCAUGGAAAUUGAAUCUUUGAAGGAAAAUUCUGUCUCAGGUGACACAGAAAACAAGACAGAGGAUCUGGAAAGCCAAGUAGCCGAGACAACUCAUGCAUAGGACUGACAAACACAUAAUCUUCUUCACCUGCCUGAGUUAGAGCUUUCAGUAACUCUUCAAUACUACAUAUACAUCUCAAAGUGUCUUUUCAAAAGAAUUUAUAAAUUUAAGAGAGGAUUUGGAUUGGAGAUAGCCUGCUUGGAUCAUGAAGCAUUCAACCCUGAUUCUUCGAGAAUGAAGGGAGGUACUUCCUAGUCCCAACUCCAUUAGCAGGGAGUUUUCAGAGAGGGAGAGAGAAGAGAGAGAGAGAGGCCCAUGUUGUACAGAAGUUUCUUGGGGGAUCAGUGAGCUGUCCAUCUCAUAUAUGAUUGUAAUUUUCUCUUUUCCUCCCUCAAAUUUUUAUUAGAUUAUUGUUCUGCAUAUGAUGAAUGGCUCCUAUUACUUUAUUUGUUUAGUUUCAUUAAUCUUAUUAUUAUUUAUCUUUUUCUA